CUUUACAAAUUUCUCCCCCUCACUGUUCCCGAUCAAUUCCUUCCAUUUCCCCGCCAUUAUUCUCUGUUCAUCAAAAUAUUUGUUCUACAGACCGAAGCAUAUAGAUUGACAUAUAAAGUUGACGCUGUUGCUUGACUAAUUCAUCUGAGAAUCAGUUACAGUGGAUAAAGAAAACAAAAAGGGAUGGAUUUGGACCAGUGGAUAACAAAGGUGAAAGAUGGACAGCACUUGUCGGAAGAUGAGCUUCAGCUUCUCUGCGAAUAUGUAAAAGAGAUCUUGAUUGAGGAGUCCAAUGUUCAGCCUGUCAAUAGUCCAGUCACGGUAUGUGGGGAUAUCCACGGACAGUUCCAUGAUUUAAUGAAACUUUUCCAGACUGGAGGUCAUGUGCCAGAGACAAACUACAUAUUUAUGGGAGAUUUUGUUGAUCGUGGUUAUAACAGUGUAGAAGUUUUCACCAUUCUCUUGCUUCUCAAAGCAAGGUAUCCAGCCAACAUUACUCUUCUACGUGGAAAUCAUGAAAGCAGGCAACUAACACAGGUUUAUGGAUUUUAUGACGAGUGCCAGCGGAAGUAUGGGAAUGCUAAUGCUUGGCGAUAUUGCACAGAUGUUUUUGACUAUCUAACUUUGUCAGCAAUUAUAGAUGGGAUGGUACUUUGUGUGCAUGGUGGCCUAUCUCCGGAUGUUAGAACUAUUGAUCAGAUUCGAGUCAUAGAACGGAACUGUGAAAUCCCCCAUGAAGGGCCCUUCUGCGACUUAAUGUGGAGUGAUCCUGAAGAUAUUGAGACAUGGGCAGUCAGUCCUCGAGGAGCUGGCUGGCUUUUUGGUUCCAGGGUUACAUCUGAGUUCAAUCAUAUUAACAAACUUGAUCUAGUUUGUCGCGCCCACCAACUUGUCCAAGAAGGUCUCAAAUAUAUGUUUCAAGAUAAAGGGCUUGUGACAGUAUGGUCUGCACCAAAUUAUUGUUACCGUUGUGGAAAUGUUGCAUCAAUAUUGAGCUUCAAUGAGAACAUGGAAAGAGAAGUGAAGUUUUUCACAGAGACCGAGGAGAACAACCAAAUGCGAGGGCCAAGAACUGGGGUCCCUUAUUUUCUUUGAGUGAGAUUAUUUGUUUUUAAGAAAUGGAAAUAUAAUUUUAGGUGCUUAGUGCUGCUGUGUUGCCUCAAAUGGAGGAGACGAGAUAGAAAUAUUUGCAUGGAGGAAAAUCCAGUUUUACAUAAUCUUGUCAGGUUCUCCUGCUGCUUUUAUGAAGUUUGUUAAUGUGUAUUUCAGAUAGCUGUGAACGAGUUUGUCUUCUUUCUUCUGUUCUCAUUGUUCGGAUUAUUUAUAACUUAAAAUUUCAUUUACAAUUGAUUUUGUAAAAUUAGAACCACCUGAUCCUUGCACAUUACAUAUGCAAAUUGAUCAUUUGUGUAAAUGAUUGAGCAUUGAUGCUCCAUU